AUGCCGAGAUUCUCCCCUGAGAUAAGUGAAGGUGGGUUUGCUUUUGUAUAUGAAGCUCAAGAUCUUGGAAGUGGCAAAGAUUACGCUUUAAAGAGGUUAUUGUCUAAUGAAGAGGAGAAGAACAGAGCUAUCAUUCAAGAAGUUUGUUUUAUGAAAAAGCUUUCAGGUCAUCCUAAUAUUGUCCAGUUCUGCUCUGCUGCAUCAAUAGGAAAAGAAGAAUCUGAUACUGGGCAGGGCGAGUUUCUUCUGCUCACCGAGCUUUGUAAAGGGCAAUUGGUGGAAUUCUUAAAGAAAGUUGAAUCCAAAGGGCCCCUCUCGUGUGAUACAGUUUUGAAGAUAUUUUAUCAGACCUGCAGAGCAGUGCAACAUAUGCAUAAACAGAAACCACCUAUUAUUCAUAGAGAUUUAAAGGUGGAGAACAUGCUGAUUAGUAACCAAGGGACAAUUAAGCUGUGUGACUUUGGCAGUGCUACAACUAUAGCACAUUAUCCUGAUUACAGCUGGUCUGCACAAAAGAGAGCAAUAGUUGAAGAGGAGAUUACAAGAAACACAACACCAAUGUAUAGGACUCCAGAAAUGAUAGACUUGUAUUCAAACUUUCCAAUCGGUGAAAAACAGGAUAUAUGGGCCUUGGGCUGUAUCCUGUAUUUAUUGUGCUUUAGGCAACAUCCAUUUGAAGAUGGGGCUAAGCUUCGCAUAGUCAAUGGGAAAUACUCUAUUCCUCAGAAUGACACUCGAUAUUCUGUGUUCCAUGAUCUCAUUCGUUCCACUUUGAAGGUGAACCCAGAGGAGAGGUUGUCAAUCACUGAACUUGUGAAUCAGCUGCAGGAGAUUGCGGCUGCCAGGAACGUGAAUCCUAAAUCUCCUAUCACAGAGCUCCUGGAACAAAAUGGAGGCUAUGGAAACAAUGCUGUGCCUAGAAUGUCUACAAGUUUGGUGCCGCAGGGCUCCAAGCCUGCAGGACAGCUCAACAAUAUGUACAAUGCAGGCCUGACAGUUGCAGAACUUGACCAGUCUUACGGAGGGUUCUUUGAUAUUCUCAAAGGUGGAACAGAACGGUUUUUCACAAACAUCAAGGAUACUUCUUCUAAAGUGAUCCAGUCUGUGGCCAAUUAUGCAAAGGGAGAUUUGGAUAUAUCUUAUAUCACUUCCAGAAUUGCUGUGAUGUCCUUUCCAGCAGAAGGUGUAGAAUCUGCCAUCAAAAAUAACAUAGAAGAUGUGCGGUUAUUUUUAGACUCUAAACACCCUGGACACUAUGCUGUUUACAAUCUGUCUCCAAGAACAUACAGGUCUUCAAGAUUUCAUAAUAGGGUUUCGGAAUGUGGUUGGCCAGCAAGACGUGCACCAAAUCUUCAAAACCUUUACAGCAUUUGCAAGAACAUGCAUUUAUGGCUAAAGCAAGAUCACAAAAAAGUUUGCAUUGUACACUGCCUUGAUGGAAGAGCAGCGUCUGCUGUUGUAGUUUGCUCUUUUUUAUGUUUUUGCCGUCUCUUCACUACUGCGGAGGCUGCGGUUUAUAUGUUCAGUAUGAAACGCUGUCCACCUGGCAUUUGGCCUUCUCAUAAAAGGUAUAUAGAGUAUAUGUGUGACAUGAUGGCAGAAGAACCCAUUAUUCCUCACAGCAAGCCAAUCCUUAUCAAAUCAAUUAUCAUGACACCAGUUCCUCUGUUCAGCAAGCUGCGAAAUGGCUGUAGGCCUUUUUGUGAAGUUUAUGUUGGGGAUGAAAGAGUGACCACUACCUCACAGGAAUAUGACAAAAUGAAGGACUUCAAAACUGAGGAUGGCAAAGCCGUAAUCCCAUUGGGUAUAACAGUCCAAGGUGAUGUUCUCAUUGUGAUCUAUCAUGCCAGGUCGACAUUAGGAGGCAGACUCCAAGCCAAGAUGGCUUCAAUGAAGAUGUUCCAGAUUCAGUUCCACACAGGUUUUGUGCCCCGGAAUGCCACCACAGUGAAAUUUGCUAAGUAUGAUCUGGAUGCUUGUGACAUUCAAGAGAAAUAUCCUGACUUAUUUCAAGUGAAUCUGGAAGUGGAGGUGGAGCCCAGAGACAGACCCUGUAGUGAACGAGCGCCAUGGGAUAACUUGAACAUAAAGGGACUGAAUCCCAAGAUCCUUUUCUCCAGUCGGGAGGAACAACAAGAGAUUUUAUCGAAAUUUGGUAAACCUGAGCUGCCUAGACAGCCAGGUUCAACAGCACAGUACGAAGCAGAAGAGUCCAAAUUGGAACAGUCUCCCGAAAGCACACCCACAGAGCCGGACUCUCCACAGAGCAGCAGCACUGAUGCAAAUAACUUCUUCCAUACUCUGGAUUGGGAAGAAGGAAGAGAUCCAGAGCCUGGAGCAGAGGACCGCUUGUCCAAAGAUAAUCAUCCUGGACUGAUUGGUGACAGGGAUGAAAGUGACCCAUCAGAUGAAGAAUUUGCUGCAUUUCCUAGUGAAGGAAGAACAGAAAUAGUUGAAGAAAAAGAAAAACCCAGUCCUCCAGAAGAAGAUGCAGAUAUAUUUUUUGAAGCUAAUUUUGAAACUCCAUCUGCCCAACCACAAGAACCUCAGUUGGAAGACCACGUAGAUUUAUUGGGACUAGACUCUGAUGUUCCAUCAGAGCAGAAUCAAACUGCCUCAGAGAUGAAGAGCUCAUCUAGCAACGCAGACUUACUGAACAAUUUGUUUGUGGGUAGCACGUCGCAGGUUUCAGAAGAGUCUACUGGGGACCUUCUAGGCGAAGGGGCAGACUUCUUUUUCAGCAGUCAACCUCAGCCGUCAGCCAGUAACCAGAGUACAUCUCCACCCACAACAUUGCCUUCUGCUGCUGAUCCGUUUGACCCAUUCACAAUGUCAUCAGGAUCUGAGAAGCCGACUCUGUCUGGUCCUGAUCUCUUUGGAGACUUUCUUAAUCCAAAUGCAACAUCUACAUCUAGUAUAUUUCCUUCCACACACAGCGCACCACCUCCUUCUUCCAGCUCAGACUUCUUACAUUUAGGAAAUUUGGCGCCAGACCUACCUAAAAUGACUUCCUCCGCAAGCCACCCAGAUCUUUUAAGCGGAUGGGAUUCUUGGGCAGAUUCCCCAGCUACAACCAACUUAGCAUCACAACAGCCGAAGAAGCCUGCACUUGAAGGCCAAGCUCUUACUACAGGAAGCCAGACAAGUGUGCCUUCAGGUUUGUCUUUCAGCCAACCAAAAUCUCAGACCUUCGACCCCUUUGCUGACCUUGCUAACCUUAAAUCUGGUCUUCCAGGUCCUUCCAGUGGUGGAUUCCCAGCUGGUGGGUUUGGUCAGAAGUCAGCUCCAUCCCAGAAAGGAGGGAAUCAGUGGCAGACAAAGAAACCACAAAAUACAGGUACUUCGUGGCAGUCCCACACUCAACCACAGCAAGCUAAAUCCAGCACACAGAGUAAACCCAACUAUACCGUGAACUUCAGUGUUAUUGGAGGUCGAGAAGAGAGAGGUAUCCGAGCUCCAGGCUUUGGACAAAAGCCAAAAGUUUCAGAAAAUGAUUUUGAGGAUCUAUUAUCUAAUCAAGGAUUUUCAGCUAAAUCUGACAAAAAAGGAACCAAGACAAUUGCCGAGAUGAGAAAGCAAGAAAUGUCUAAAGACAUGGACCCCUUAAAAUUAAAGAUUCUAGAUUGGAUUGAAGGAAAAGAGAGAAAUAUAAGAGCAUUAAUAUCCACUCUUCACACUGUGCUCUGGGAAGGGGAGAACAAGUGGAAGCCAGUUGGCAUGGCAGACCUAGUUACCCCUGAACAAGUAAAGAAGUACUAUAGGAAGGCAGUACUUGUGGUUCAUCCAGAUAAGGCCACAGGACAGCCUUAUGAACAGUAUGCCAAAAUGAUCUUCAUGGAGUUGAGUGAUGCAUGGUCAGAGUUUGAAAACCAGGGAUCAAAAUCCCUUUUCUAAAACUUCAUCUGUACGGGAUUUUCAAAAUGUAUGUGCAGCAAAAUGGAGUGGAGUAUUGUUAGUCUGAAUUUCUUAUCUCUAGGAUUUAGGAAAGAUUUUUGCAUGAUUUCAGCACAGUUUGAAAUCAUACACUCAGAAGUGGGUGAUACAUUUUGUAAGAUGCAGAAUCCAAAACAUACACAGAUGCACUCAGAAAACAGCUGCUCAGUGCUUCAGAAUCUUAGCCUGAGAACAGAUCUUUCCAUUCCGGUUUAAAUAUGGUGAAAUAGAAAUAACUUUAAUGAUGUCCACUGAUUUUUGGCGUAAUGGUAUCAAAAGCGUAAGCCAUUCCAAAUCCACUGAUUUUUUUAUUUUUCUUUAAAAGAAACACACAACCUCAAUUUGUACUUUAUAUUUUCAAUAGUUAUAUGAUUUGAUUUUGAUGUUUGGUGCCGUCGCCUUAUUCUAAGUGCUUUAGUUAUAUUAUCAGCAGUGAAUUUGCUCAGCAUAUCUUUUUGUUGAAUCUAUAAGAGGUGUACAUUUUCAUCUGUAUUUUGUGUAAUCAUUCAGAUAAUCAUUCUGUAAAUAAUUAAAAUAUUUUCUGACAAUACCUGUGUUCCUUACAAUGAAUUGACAGUUGCUUAGCC